GCUGUCAAUUUAAAAGUCAAGUAAACAAGGUAAACAUAAAGCUUUAUUGAGCAUUUAAUUAAAUUUAAAUCAUGAGCAGCCGCAAUCCCAACACAUUAAUGAGCGUACCGGACGAGCAAUUUGACUAUUUAUUUAAAAUAGUGCUCAUUGGUGACUGUGGAACCGGAAAAACAUGCAUUGUGCAACGGUUGAAAUCUGGUAAUUUCAUAGAAAGGCACGGAAAUACAAUAGGCGUAGACUUUUCAAUGAAAACAUUGAUAGUGGAUGGGAAGAAAGUCAAGCUUCAGAUAUGGGAUACUGCGGGGCAAGAGCGCUUCAGAACUAUCACGCAGAGUUACUAUCGCUCGGCGAACGGUGUAAUUAUUGUAUAUGACAUCACUAAAAGGUCAACAUUUUUGUCCCUACAAAAAUGGAUUGAAGAAGUACGAAGGUACACCUCAUCGAAUGUCAUAGUCUCACUCAUCGGCAACAAAUGUGACCUGACAGACCAGAGAGAAGUGGAGCCUGAUGAACCACAGUCAUUCUGCCGUUACGUACCAGAGAUCAUGUUUGUGAUGGAAACCUCUGCAAAGGACAACACUAAUGUUGAAGAUACAUUCCGCAGUUUGGCUACAGAAUUAAAGAGACAACACGACAACAGUGAAGGUCCGCCAGCAGAGUCAGACUCAGUGGUCCUCGGUGAAAGUCACUCGGUAACCAAGUGUCAACCAUGCCGAUCGUCUUAGAUCUAAUUUACCCAUUGACCAAAUGUGUAACAUUGUGUCCCUUACAUGGUGCUUUUUUGCACCAAAAUCAUUGGUGUGAGGUGACUAAUAUUUUUAUUUUUGCCAUGUGAUUUUUAGCUAUGCUUUUGACUUCAUUUCUUGUCACAAAGAUAGUUUUUUCCUAUUAAUUUUUUAUUUUAGACUGGCCAAUGUCGUAUGAAUAGUACCAGCAUUGGAUGAAUACAUUGUCUGCAUAUUAAUGCUGUUAAUAUGUACCGCAACAUGAUAAUCAUCGUAAUUCGAAUGUUAGGCUCAUUGACUGUUUCACGCGAUGACUACAUAAUAUUGCUACAUAAGUCGUUUUGCUGCUAUUUCGCUAUUGCGAUCACAGAUAGCGCCUUAGCGUUAUAAUGGCCUAUAAUACAAAAAACAAUGGCCUUAAACUAGCAAAGCAAUAACUAUGUGAGCUAAAUUAUUUGUAAUUAUUUCAAUGUAUUUGUGACUCACCGACAUUUUAAAGUUUUCGCUUUUCAAACACAUUUUUAUUUGGAAAGAAGCAUCGUGUUUUAUCAUCAAUGGGUAUUAUUAUUACUUACUACGUUUAGGUUUAAAUUCUGAGAUUAUAAAACUAUUAAUUGAUCUACGAAAUUAUUUCAGCAAUGAAAUGUUUAUUUUUCUUAAAAUUAUACAUUAGUUUUAUGUAAAAUAUGUUUUUGAGACUAUGAUAGAUAAUAUUAAUAUGGCUUUAAGUUAUAAUUUUAAGAUCUAAAAUGUAAGUAGUCAUGUCAUUGGUUUCCUUUAGUGUUGUAAAAUUUACGAAAAUCAGUUUCGGUAUUGUAAAUAACUGUAGAUUAAUAGUAACACCACCUGCUCGGGACUGAUUUGAGCCAUACCCUUAGUAUUGAAUGUUGUAACCAGACCACAGAAUAUAUCUAUAAAUGUUGUAUGUUAUUAAAUUACCAAUAUACAGGGUGUAACCUACGCAAAUUUUGGAGUUCUGUUUGCAAGAAACAAUUUGUGGCGCUUUCUAUAAGGAAGUUGUAAAACUGUAAAUCUGCAAUAUUUUGUUAAUUUUUCAUAAACAUUGUGAUCAAUUCAUUUUACUGAAAUACUGUAGGCACAUAUUACAC